AUGUAUGUUUUCUUAUUAAUAUAUUUAAUAAUAAACACAACGCUUACAAGUUCUAAAACUAUUUACAAAGUCGAUGGUAAACGAUCUACUUCUGACCCCAAGUUAAGUUGCAAAAAUAUAAAAUGUCCACCAAUGGAAGAUCCAGUAUGUGUAAAAGUAACAAAAAUAGACAAACAAAAGCACGAAAAAUUUAUUUUGGCGAUUAACAAAUGUAAUAUGCAAUUUAUGAAAUGUCACCCAGUUGGCAAAGUGGACGAUAAAGACAAAAAUAUUUACGAUGAUGUGGAAAAACAGCCUCGUGAUAUAGCAAAGGCUAAUUUAAACGAUAAAGUGGAGCAGGAUCUCAGUGAUGCUAAUGAUGAUCUAGGUGAAGAAGAUGAUAAAGAGGAGCCAGCUGAUGACAAUGAUGAACUAGGUGAUGUAAACAAUAAAGAGGAACCGCCCAGUAAUAAAUAUGAUGAUCUAGGUGAAGAGGGCAAUAAAGAGAUGAAUCCAGUUGUUGAUAUUGAUAGAUCUGAUGAUGAAAACAAUGAAGAAAACCUGCCCAGCGAUAAUGAUAAUGAAGACUCGGCUGGAGAUAAUAAUGAUAAUCUUGGAUAUGAAAGCAAUCAAGAGGAUGUACCCAGUGUUAAGAUCGAAGAACCUGAUGAUGAAUAUAAUGGAGAAGAUGCCAAAGAAGACGAUACGCCUCUAAAUUUACAUGGAUAUGAGGAUGAAGAAGAUACAAAUGUCGUUCCUGUUGAUUACGACCAAAAUACAAAUGAUAAUGUGAAUUCUGAUGAAUAUAAGAAAAAUUGUUCGACCGACUGUCCUGCACGAGAAGUCAUGGUUUGUGCAAAAUGUCAACACAAUAUAUAUAGGUCAUUCCUGAGUUCGUGUCAUCUUAGAGCAUUCAGCUGCAAGCAUCCUGAUGAAAAACUAGAAUUAGUCAACAGAAACCCUUGUAUACAAUCUGCGCCCUACUUAACCGACUUACCCUCACCAAAGGGCAGAGUAUCAGAGCCAAGUGACAGAGACACUGUCCUGCAGUAUAUACAUUGUAGAGAAAAGGGGCGACUUAAUAAAGAUGACCCAAGAUGCAAGUUUGAAGAAAAACAAGUCGAGACAAAAGAAAAGGAA